AUGGCGGUGGGCUUGAUUUCAUUAACAUUAACGUUGGUGAAUAACGGCAUGGCCUCGUCCCGGUUGACCGAAUUGGGGGAAGUUUGCAAAAACAAGCUUCAUGAACAUGGCUAUAUAUUUAGUGCCUAUGGAAACAAACUGGUUUCGCCAAAGUUGCGUGAAGGCCAGGAACUGAAUGGCUUUAUGAUUCACAAAGUAUUCAAAUCAAAGGCGGUGUACAUUAGGUCCACUCCACUGCAUCACACCAAGCAUCAAACUCCAUCAGCCAGCAAUGACAAUGCUGUCUACCUUUCGAUCAUGGGUUCCAUCUCAGACCUUUCUUCUGAUGAAGAGGAUUUAAACCAGGCUAUAAUGGCCAGUCUUGAGAGAAUACAAGCCAGGACAGAGAUUGCCACCAUGCUUUUGGCAUCUGAACAUCCAAACACUAAAUCAGCACAGGUGGUGCUCCUGAAUCUUGCAUCCCAAAUUGACAGUAACCAGAGAUGCCAGUUCAUCAUUAAUAUGUCUUCAGUACUGAAUGGCGCUGUGCAUGGUUUUAAAUGAUUGUCCUAAAAUCCUGCAUAUCAGAUGUGCAUCAAGUUUUCAGAUGAUUUGGGAAUGGAUGAAGAGGCUGUGGACCUUGAGGGACUAUCAAAGCUAGGUAAAAUCCUAGCCUUUGUGACACAUGCAAGUGUCAUCCCACCAGCUGGCCUCUCCCCUCUGCCAUCAAUUGAUUUCCUGCAUGAUCAUUCCGUCAGUCCCAAACGACGUUUGCCUAUGGCGAACACAUGCAUCAACUGCCUGAAAUUGCCACUGCUUGACACAUAUUGGGAUUUCAGGGAGAGCAUGGACUUUGCAAUAGGAAACACACAGGGUUUUGGUAGAGAAUAA